AUACGGAGUAAUACGGAGUAUAUGCCACUUUCCCGUCAAAAAAAAUUCAUACCUUCGAAAUCCAAAUCGCAUUUCUGUAUCGGAGCAUCAGGCAGCGCGCCAUAGAUAGAUACGGUACGAUUCGAUUGUCAAUGGAGAACAAAGACAAAGUGAAGCUAGCUCUCAAACUGACAAUAGCAUCCUGCAUCACUCUUGCAAUAUCCAUCUUCCUUGCAUCGAAAAUAAAAAAUCCUGGAAGACGAAGUCGUAGAAAGCUUACACCUUCUCCCUGCUAUCUCAAAGCUGAACCCAAACCUCAGCACGCUUUCAGACGCGUCUUGGCGGACAACUCGUACUCUCCCUUCAAGCACCUCAAAGUCCAUUCCACCUCCGAUGAAUGCGUGGAUUUGCAUCCGUACAAAUCUGAGAUAUUAAACUUGUUGAGUGAACCGAAUGUGGAGGCUUUGGAGAUGUUAAACGAGGAUUUGGAGGAAAUGGUGAGCCGUGAUUCGUACGUGUGGGUGGAGACCGAGUCGCAGUUGCAGGAGCUGGCGGAAGUGUUGAGUGGAGAGACAAUAUUUGCUGUCGAUACAGAGCAGCAUAAUUUGAGAUCCUUUUUAGGUUUCACUUGUUUAAUUCAGAUAUCAACUAAGAAGGAGGACUAUCUUUUGGAUGCAAUAGCCCUGCAUGACAUGAUAGGAAUUCUUCAUCCUAUAUUUGCUAAUCCAGGGAUUUGUAAGGUAUUCCAUGGUGCUGAUAAUGAUGUCCUCUGGCUUCAAAGAGAUUUUCAUAUUUACGUUGUUAAUCUAUUUGACACUGCAAAGAUAUGUGAUGUUUUGUCUAAACCGCAAAGGUCUUUGGCUUACUUAUUGGAGACAUAUUGUUGUGUUGCUACUAAUAAACAAUUACAGGUUGCUCUUAUGUGAUGGAUUAUAUUCAUUAAGAUCAAUUGAAUUUGAACUGCAGAGAGAAGAUUGGAGGCAGCGUCCUCUGCCAGCAGAAAUGGUGCUAUAUGCUCAGAAUGAUGCCCACUAUCUGUUGUAUAUUGCACAAUGUCUUUUUACAGAGCUCAAGCUAAAAGAUUCAGAACAUUCACGAAGUCUCAAUGAAAAAAUGACUUUUGUUCUUGAGGCCACCCGCCGUUCAAAUACAACUUGUUUGCAACUUUUUUCAAAAGAACUUGAAGCAAAUCCAGGAGAGUCUGCUGCUUCUUCAAUAAUAUCUCGAAACCAUGACCAAGGAAACCUUCUAUCCAGCUCUUUAAAUGCAAAGUUUCAGGAUCACGUGAGGCAAUUAUGUGCAUGGAGAGAUAUUAUGGCACGUGUGCAUGAUGAGAGUUUGAGAUAUGUUUUAUCUGAGCAAGCUAUUGUUGCACUGGCUGCUAACCCCCCUACAGAAAUUAGUGAUACAUGCAAUAUCAUAUCUGAAGCCGAUGCAAGCGCGGAUCAGAUAACACCACCCCAAUCUCCAUCAUCUUUAAUUUGUAGCCAUUUGGAAGACUUGGAUCACUUAUUUGAAGAUGGAAUAGAUGAGGAUGAUGAAAACCUUCUGCUAAUUCUUCAGAAAUGCUUAGGAACUAAUGGGACUUGUCCUCUCUCCAUCUAUAAUUAUGCUUUGCUCUCCAAAACUAGCUUGAAAGUAGCCAAUCGAUCUGUGGUCAAGAAAAACGGAUAUAGAACUGCAAAAUCCAUGGCUCGAAAGGCUUCCCGGGAAUUGUUUGUCCAAAAAUUUUCUUGUAAAUCUCCAGUCUACCACAAUUGUAGGAUCUAUGCAAAUGAUGGUCGGUUAUUAUGUUACUGUGACCGUAGGAAGCUUGAGUGGUAUUUAAACAGGGAUUUGGCAAAACUUGUUGAAGAGGACCCUCCUGCCAUAAUGCUUCUUUUUGAACCUAAGGGACGUCCAGAAGAUGAGGACAAUGACUUCUACAUUCAAAGUAAGAAAAACAUAUGUGUUGGCUGUGGUGAAAGGAAUCACUAUUUACGGUACCGUAUUAUACCUUCGUGCUACAGAAUGCACUUUCCAGAACAUUUGAAGAGUCAUCGGUCUCAUGAUAUAGUCCUCCUUUGUGUGGACUGCCAUGAAAUUGCUCAUGCUGCUGCUGAAAGAUUCAAGAAAAAGAUAGCUGUGGAAUUUGAAAUACCACUUUUUGUCCGUAGAGUUGUUCAUUCUACCCCAGCUGAAAAUGCAACUUCAUCCAGUGUGAAUGUGGAAGAGGAUGGUGUAUCACCUUUACAAUUGCAUACAGCAGCAAUGGCUUUGCUGCGUCAUGGUUCCAGAAUGCCAUUGAGGCGACAAGAAGAACUAAAAGAGGUUGUAAGAAAUUACUAUGGAGGAAGGGAGAUAUCAGAAAUAGAUCUAGAAAAUGCUUUGCUAAUAGGUAUGAGUUCCAUUGGGAGAAGACGGUUUGUGAAAAAGAAGCUUUCUUCCAAACAGUCAACACCAUAUGUUGCUUCUGAUCAUAACAAUCACAAGCCAAGUAGUGAUGCCAAUGCAAAGUCUACGUAUGAGAAUGGCAUAUUAGGUGGAACUGAGAAAAGGUGGAAUAAUGGGAAUACAAACACUGUGGUGUUGAAGGAUAUAGAUUUUGACAAUCGAUGUUCGACUUCUAAUGCUGAAAGUGGUAGUAUAUACACUGAAAGUGAUAUAGUUCACUCUAAUAAUAAUGUGAACGAUUCAUCUAAGGUACACUCGAAGGUAUCAAUGUUGGGGCAUGGACCACAUGGGAAGCAGGUGGUGGAAUUUAUACUCCAAGAGAAUGGGGAAGAAGGGAUUUGUGAGUUUUGUCAGAGAUGGCGACAAGUUUUUGUUGAAGCUGUUCAUCCUCGUUUCUUACCUGCUGGCUGGAACAUAAUGCACAGUGGUAAAAGAGACUUUGGAGAGUUUAGCGUCUAUAAUCCUGAGAAAAUAGAUUCUACUGGUGCCUUGAGUAGAUGAGGAACUGCAAGGACAGGACAGAUCAAGCAAAAGCUCAUUUCAUUUCCCCUUGUUUUUCUCCGUUUCAUUUGCUUUGCCUGGUCUUUUGCAAUGGAAAAUGGAGCUCGAAUUACUUCACAGAUUUUGUUUUUAAUGUAACAUAUGUAUCUCGGAAUGUUGUCAUGUAGACCUGUUGUCAUGCAUUAGUGCGUCACUAGCUUUUUAACAAUAGGUUAAUGUAUUUCCGCAACAUUUUUUGUAACAAGAGAAACCAAAGAAUUGUAUAAAUGCUUUUAAGAUUACAGUAAGCUAUAAUUAGGAAGGCAUUCUACAAUCUACAUUGUGGCUCUUGUCCGUCCAAUGAUAGAAAUUGUAUCAGAAUGUGUUACGUUUUACCAGCUUGGUUUUCA